GCCGGCGUUUCUCUAUUCCAGAUACUUCUAAGACUGGAGACUCUUUGCUGGUGGGAAGACUCCGAGUGGUAUGGCAGCCAGUUAGACAGCGGCAAAGUAUAAUGGACAGCAAGAGACAGACGUUCCAGCCACCUUUCCGCCUCCCGGAGAUCCCGGAGCUGUUUCUCCAGCCAAUUUAUUUCCCAGCUGGAGUCUCUGAGCGCGCUGCACUACGAGAGCCCAGGGAGCGCCUGGAAGCUAGCUGCUUCUGCGAGAUGCUUUCGCCCGAGCAGUAAGAAGUUCCUGCCUGAGUCCCCGCGUCCUCUCCCAGCUGAAACUCCCCAGGAAACCGGGGCGGGAGACCCCAGGGGGAGGGGCGAGGGGGAACCUGGAGCCGCUCUUUCUCCCCUCCCCCUCCCCUGCCCGGCGCGCCAGCAUGGAUGUGCUCAGCCCCGGACAGGGCAAUAACACCACGUCGUCCCAGGGUCCCUUCGGGACACGCGGCAACGCUACUGGCAUCUCCGACGUGACCUUCAGCUAUCAAGUAAUCACCUCUCUAGUGCUGGGCACGCUCAUCUUCUGCGCGGUGCUGGGCAAUGCGUGCGUAGUGGCGGCCAUCGCCCUGGAGCGCUCCCUGCAGAACGUGGCGAACUAUCUCAUAGGCUCGCUGGCCAUCACCGACCUCAUGGUGUCGGUGCUGGUGCUGCCCAUGGCCGCGCUGUACCAGGUGCUCAACAAGUGGACUCUGGGCCAGGUCACCUGUGACCUGUUCAUCGCCCUCGACGUGCUGUGCUGCACCUCGUCCAUCCUGCACCUGUGCGCUAUCGCGCUGGACAGAUACUGGGCCAUCACCGACCCCAUCGACUACGUGAACAAGAGGACGCCCCGGCGCGCAGCCGCGCUCAUCUCGCUCACCUGGCUCAUUGGCUUCCUCAUCUCCAUCCCGCCCAUGCUGGGCUGGCGCACCCCGGAAGACCGCUCGGACCCGGACGCGUGCACCAUCAGCAAGGACCACGGCUACACUAUUUACUCCACCUUCGGCGCGUUCUACAUCCCUCUGCUGCUCAUGCUGGUUCUCUACGGGCGCAUCUUUCGAGCCGCGCGAUUCCGCAUCCGCAAGACAGUCAAGAAGGUGGACAAGAAGGCAGCCAACCACCGCCUUGCGGCGUCGCCUGCCCCGCAGCCCAGAAAGAGCGUGAGUGGUGAGUCGGAUAGCAGAGACUGGAGGCAGGGCACGGAGAACAAGGUAACAGGGGCUCCGUGCGCCAAUGGAGCCGUGAGGCAGGGCGAAGAAGGCGCCGCCCUGGAGGUGAUCGAAGUGCACUGGGUGGGCAACUCCAAAGAGCACCUUCCGCUGCCCAGCGAAGCCGGUGCUGUCCCCUACGUUCCCGCCUCCUUCGAGAAGAAAAAUGAGCGCAACGCCGAGGCCAAGCGCAAGAUGGCCCUGGCCCGCGAGAGGAAGACGGUGAAGACUCUGGGCAUCAUCAUGGGCACCUUCAUCCUCUGCUGGUUGCCCUUCUUCAUCGUGGCCCUAGUCCUGCCCUUCUGCGAAAGCAGCUGCCACAUGCCUACCCUGUUGGGGGCCAUAAUCAACUGGCUGGGCUAUUCCAACUCUCUGCUUAAUCCUGUCAUUUACGCCUACUUCAACAAGGACUUCCAAAACGCGUUUAAGAAGAUCAUCAAGUGCAAGUUCUGCCGCCGAUGAUGAUGGAGUAGCGGCGAGUAGGCCCACCCCAUUCAUUCUGCCUCCCCUAGUCCUCUGGAAUCAAAACCUUUGCUACUUUCCCUCUGACAUUCACAGCUGCUCGGCGCGCUGCUUCCAGACCUCAUCAUCCCAAGCCUCUCCCAAGCCUCAAUCCCCAGCGGGGAAGGAGGGUGCUCUGCGUAAAGAGGCUCUAGCCUCCGGGCAAGAGAGAAACUCCUCCGCUCUGUGAGAGGCGACCUUGGCUCAAACUGGCUUCAGAAUCAGUUUGAUUCCAGCAAUUGCCUCCUGCUUCCUCUGCCUCCAAAUCUUCGCGGCGGAACUUUAAGCUUCAGUCGUUAAAGGCAAAAGAAAAAUCCACACGAAAAAGAACCUGUACACCCAGCCGCUGCGCCCAUAAAAGGCUCCCAAGCGAUCGCCUCACUGCUACAACUUGAACUUAAGGUUCAGGACUUUGCUUCAUUUCCCAGUAAACCCACCCAGGCCCCGUCCCGCUGUCUUCUCAUCCUUCCUUUCCCAUCUUCCCUUUCUGCCCUCGCCAGUCCUAAUGCACUGAUUUGUUAGUUGGAAAAGCUGGAAGGGUCUGCUUUUCCCGAUACCUAAGGUGUCCCGGGGAGUCUGGGUCUUCUGGCGUGCGCUCCCAGAGUAACUCUCCCGAAAACAGCCCCAUGCGUUGUUUUCUUGGAUUCAAAACAAGUGGCUAGAGGUUGUCUGAGUGGACCAGUAAGUACAAGGCUGGGCCAGAGGGAGAGCGGAACGAAUUUAUCCUUGCCUGCCUUGGUGUCAGCACUCACCAAAGAAACUGCCAUUCACUGGGAGGGGGGAGCGCACUAGUUCGU